GCCCUGCUGCUAAAACACUUACUUCCUGCUCCUGAAAACUUCGCUGAUUAAAAACAAAAACUCUGCGAAUCUCUUCCAAGUGAAGGAACCGGAGAAAUUUGUGGACGAUUGCUUUGUAGAAUAUAUAAUAUAUAUAAUGGCGGAAUCCGAAGAUUCAGUUAAACUCGAGAAACGAGAUGAAGACUCGUCUACAGACACGGAAGAUGUAAACACAAGCCCGGUCCAGAGUGAAAUGUCAUCAUCUGGUUUCCAUCACACUGAAACCCAUCGUGGUGGGAUUCAUUCAGAAAUGGGCAAGGAGAGAAUUCACUACUGCUUGCAGUGUGGAAAGAGUUUUACUAGAAAGGCUCAUCUUAAACAACACCAUCUAAUCCACACGGGAGAAAAGCCACAUCAGUGCUCGCAGUGUGGGAAGACAUUUUCACAGCAAAGUAAUCUUAAAAACCACCAACGCAUUCACACAGGAGAGAAGCCGUACGAAUGCUCACAGUGCGGGAAGAGUUUUACGCUACAGAGUUCUUUUAACAACCAUCAGCGCAUUCACACAGGAGAGAAGCCGUACGAAUGCUCACAGUGCGGGAACAGUUUUGCACGACACAGUACUUUUAAAAACCACCAGCGCGUUCACACCGGAGAGAAGCCGUAUCACUGCUCACAGUGUGGGAAGAGUUUUACACUACAAGGUAGUUUAAAAAAACACCAGCACAUUCAUAACGGGAAGCUACAUCAAUGUUCACAGUGUGGGAAGUGUUUUUCACACUACGGUAGUUUAAAAAACCACCAGCUUAUCCAUACAGGAAAGAAGCCACAUCAUUGCUCACAAUGUGGGAAAGGUUUUAGAGAGUUAAGUUAUUUAAAAUCACACCAGCUCAUUCACACAGGAGUGAAACCGUAUUACUGCUCGCAGUGCGGGAAGAGUUUUGCACGACCCGGUACUUUUAAAAACCACCAGCUCGUUCACACCGGUGAGAAGCCAUAUCACUGCUCACAGUGUGGGAAGAGUUUUAUACAGUACAAAUCUUUUAAAAGCCACCAGCGCGUUCAUACAGAACAGAAGCGCUAUCACUGCUCACUGUGUGGGACGAGCUUUACGCAACACGAAGGAGCGAAACCUCACUACUGCUCAGAGUGCGUGAAACGUUUUUGUGUUGGUGUAAUAAAAAAAUAAUCAAAAUCAUAUACUAAGUGUCAAAGACGUACACUGAGAGUGUGUUUUUAUUAUUAUAAUUUCCAUUAUUUGUGUGUUGAAUACUCAAAUUAAAUUAAGUGUAAAUCACAUUAUUGUAAAGGCUUUCUGCUGUAGAGCAGUAGGAGGACCUGGUAUGGGCAGAAGACAAUUUAAACCUUAAAACACAGCUUCCCAACCCAACCCUGGUCCUGGAUUACCCAAUGUCCUGCAUAUUUUAGUGUUUUAACACUCUUUAAAGGUCCUUCUUGAGUUAGUGGGUGUGUUAGAAGUAGGAAAACAUACAUUUUGCAGAACAGGGGGUACUCCAGGAGCAGGCUUGGAAACCUGUGACAUAAGAGAACAACAAAAACAAGUUUAUGAUUUAUAUAUGAUCAAAUUAUGAGUCUUAAAAUGUUUCAAACAUACAAAUAGUUACUCAUUUCUAGAAAACUGUGUAACAUAAAUUUCCUAUUCUAGCAGUAGUGUGUUAUAUUGAAAGUAAAUGUAAUCCAGGCUGUUAUCCUGUGUGCUGCAUGGGAACAUGAAACGAUUUAUCCAGCUGGGGCUUCUUUGGGAACUAUUUUCAUUGAUGGAGCAAAAAUAAACUAUU